AUGACGAGGACGGGAAGUCGGAAGCAUGCAAAUGCGUUUGAUUCGGUCAAUGACAGUAAGACAUUAUCCUCCUUGUCGAAUCUGAGGUUAUCGGACAAUGAUGACUCCACAUCAUCCGGAGAUAGCAGCGACGUGGAGGAUGGCGAAGUGAUCAAAAGCGUUAACGAUUUGGAGGAACGCGAAGGUUCAGGUGUGAAGACUUGUCGCUCGACCAAGAUGUGGUCGAGGUUGAUGAGCGAAGAGGAAGUGACAUUUGACUGCGCGAGCGCAAAAAUCCCGGAAUAUUCAGUACCAACGAAAACGAUCACGUAG